AUGGCCGCCACUGCCCCCCAGUCCGCCGGUACUUCCAACGAGACCACCCCCCGCCAGCCUCUCUGGCUCCGAUGCGAGAAGAAGCCCUUCGAGCACCGCUCCGCCCUCACCCCCACCACCGCCAAGAAGCUCAUCGAGAACAACUUUGAUAUCUUUGUCGAGCGCGACCCUCAGAGGAUCUUUGAUGACCAAGAGUUUGAAGAUGUGGGCUGCAAGCUUGUGGCGCACAACACUUGGCCUAGUGCCCCUGUCGAUGUCCCUAUCAUUGGCUUGAAGGAGCUCCCCGAGUCUACCGACCCCCUCCCCCACACCCACAUCCAAUUCGCCCACUGCUACAAACACCAAGCCGGGUGGAACGACGUCCUCCGCCGAUUCGCCCAGGGCAGCGGUACCCUCUACGACCUCGAGUUCCUCGAGGACCCCGUCACGCACAGGCGGGUGGCGGCGUUUGGCUUCCACGCGGGCUUUGCGGGGGCGGCGGCUGGGGCGCUGGCGUUUGCUGCGCAGCAGAAGGAGGGGGGGGAGGGGGUGUUGAGGGGGUUGGAGCCUUAUAAGAAUGAAGGGGAUAUGGUGAGGGAGGUGGGGGAGGCGUUGGAGGGGACGAGGGAGGGGAAGAAGGGGGUGAGGGUGUUGGUUAUUGGGGCGCUUGGGCGAUGUGGGUCUGGGGCGGUGGACCUUUUCAGGAAGGCUGGUGUUGCCGAGGAAAACAUUGUCAAGUGGGAUAUGGCCGAAACCGCCAAGGGCGGCCCCUUCCAAGAGAUCCUCGACGUCGACAUUUUCGUCAACUGCAUCUACCUCUCGCAGCCCAUUCCCAAGUUUAUCACGUCUGAAUUUAUUGCGCAGGCUGGGGAGGGGAGGAGGUUGGGUGUCGUGGUGGACGUCUCUUGCGAUACGACAAACCCGCACAACCCCAUCCCCAUCUACUCUAUAAACACCACCUUCCCGCAGCCCACUGUCGAAGUCGACACCAAGGGCGUCGGCAAGCGCGCGACCGUCAUCUCGAUCGACCACCUGCCCACGCUCCUCCCGCGCGAGGCGAGCGAGCAGUUUGCGGGGGAUCUGUUGCCUUCUCUUUUAAAGCUCCCGCAGAGGAAGACGGCGGAGGUUUGGACGGGGGCGGAGAGGUUGUUUAGGGAGAAGAUGGAGGAGGCUAGGGCGUUUGAUGAGGAGCAGGGUAUCAAGGCUUGA